CACACAUAAUAUUAAGCGUUCACGGAGAGGAGCUUGAGCGGUGUUUGUAAAUACUUUUCCAGGAACGCACUUUUUGGACAUCAGCUGUUGAGGGAAAACAUCUGUCGACUUGGUACAGUAAACUAUUUUUGGAAGUUUCUUUCUCUUUGACAUCUUUUUUGCUUCAUGUAGCCUAAUAUUACGGAGCUUUCGGACAUUAAAAGUGUACAGUCAACUCAAAACAUCCAACGUAAUUUCUAUCCACAGCCUCUUGUAGGCUUGUCUAUACAUGCACAUGUCCACAAAAAUGGAGCAACCGUUUUAUCAUGACGACUCGUUUCUCUCUUAUGGUCACCCAGACGCUGCCCUGCACGACUACAAGCUUCUAAAGCAGAACAUGAGCGUGGGCUUCGCCGAACCCUACCGGAACAUCAAGUCCCUCCGCUCCGAAAGCGACUUCUACGCGGCUGCGAACGGAGACGUGGGCUCGCUGAAACUCGCCUCUCCGGAACUGGAGAGACUCAUUAUCCAGAACGGUAACGGUAUCAUCACAUCACCCACGCCGGGGCAGUAUCUGUACGCCCGAGGCAUCACAGAGGAGCAGGAGGGUUUCGCAGACGGCUUCGUGAAAGCGCUGGACGAGCUCCACAAAAUGAACCACAUGCCCCCGCCAAACGUGUCCAUCGGAGCCGGCGGCGUGUCGUCCUGCUCGGCGGUUUCCUCUAUCUUUGGCGCCUCCCUGCAGCCGGAGACCCCGGUGUACACCACCCUGAACAGCUGCAAUCCAAACACUAACCUCACACCUGCAACUAACUACCCGACAGCCACCAUCAGCUAUCUGCCUCACCAUCACCAGCAGUACCAUCACCACCACCAAGCCUCGACGCAUCCCCACCAUUUCCAGCACUCGCUGCCUGGCGCAGGGCUGCAUCCACAGCGACUCGUUUCGCUCAAAGAGGAGCCACAGACCGUUCCUGACCUGCAGAGCAGCGACGGCUCUCCUCCAAUGUCUCCCAUCGACAUGGAGGACCAGGAGCGCAUCAAAGCGGAGCGCAAGCGGCUCAGGAACCGGCUGGCGGCCACCAAGUGCCGGCGGCGGAAGCUGGAGCGCAUCUCCCGGCUGGAGGACAAAGUGAAAGUCCUCAAGUCGGAUAACGCCGGACUGUCCAACACCGCUUCCCUGCUGAGGGAGCAAGUGGCCCAGCUCAAGCAGAAGGUCAUGACCCAUGUGAGCAGCGGGUGCCAGCUCAUGCUGACGCCGAAGAUCAAGUCGUUUUAAAAUGAAAGGACACGGACACUGAUAAAGGGGAAACACUGGAAGAGCAGUUCAUGAUGUUUGUGAUGUUUUUAUUACAAAUGAUAAUACGGCACUGAGUACGAAAGUUGUAUAUUUCUAAUGUGUUUUCUUGUAGAAAACUAUAAUGUUAUAGUCAUGACUGUUUUAAAUCUGAUAAGGUACUUCCAACUAGUUGGACAGUCAUAAACGCACGGCAAAAAAACAAGUAAACAUUCCUUUGCUUUGUUUUCAAGUGCUGUCCUAUGAGAACAUUCCAGUAAAUUAUUUGUAUUGUGACUCAGGUUGAUCCAGACCUUUAAAUGUACUUUGUUUGUUUAUAUUUUUUAUAUUUAAGUAAAAACAUUGAAAACA